AUGGUCCCAGCCUGCAGCUCUCUGGCCGCCGGGAGUGAGCGGUUAGACGGGCUAGCGAGCUCCGGCUUUGAUCCCGGGAAGAUGGGGAGCGGCUCCUGGCUGGCUACUGAGACGGCGUCGAGGAAGCCGCCUCAGGCAGAGCCUCGGCAAGCGAAGGUCUCGCCUCUGGCACCUGCUCAGGUAGAGGAGGAGGAGAAGGGAAAGAGGGAGGGAGGCAAGAAGGAGGCGGGGACCAGGGCCUUAAAGAAGCAGCCCAGGACCCUCUCCACCCAGAGGCCCUCAGCCCUAGCCUCGGGAUGUAGAGGGAGCGCGCUCCAGAGGCCACUGCUGGGGAAGGCCAAGGGCCUGGGGAUGCGCGAGUGGAGAUUUGAGCGUGGAGGGAGGACGCGCUCCCCCAAGCUGUCCACACUCGCACUCCAGCUCCUUCCGAAGCAGUUUCUGGAGGGAGUACCUGCCCGGAGCGAGCGCCUGCUGAUUCCUCUAGCUCGAAGCCUCUCAGUCUCAGCUGCUCUUUCCUGCAAAGGGGACGGCGCUGACCAGGAUGUACAAAUGAGGAAGAUGACAAAUAUAAAGACAAGUGAACAGAUUGGAGGAGCUCCUCUGAACUCCAAGAUUCAGUGGCUUAUGCUAAGUGAGCAAAGGCCACCCCACCUGAGAAUCAUACAGACUCACUGUGCCUCAGUCAACAAUGGAAAACAGAGCCUCAGACAGAAAGACCAGACACUAUUUCCUGGAAGAAGGAGCAACUACAUCUUUGGAAGGAAAAGAGCCCACAAUACCUGGUGGGAGAUGGAACCUUACAGCGAAUAAAUGAGAAAUUGAGUUAUUGUGGAAAGUCCUGGACCUUACUCCUCACCCUUGCUGGAGCCGCACUAUGAGUCAUGAAGACAGGUCUCUACUGAGUAGGAGGAAGGAAGAGAUGCCUCUGGGGAGGGAGACCCUUUUGACUCUGUGUGCUUAGGUACAAAUCCUUUCUAUCUAUCUUCUUCACCUUGUAAAUAAAACCUGUUCUAUGCUUGAUGGAUUGUGAACUUAAGGACUUGUAAGGGCAGCUGAUGGCCGCCCUUAAUGAGAAGACAGUGAAAUAUACUGAUGGGCACAAGAAUCACC